AUGACUGUAAUGAGGCAUAAACCAACAAGUACUAUUAAUUCAAAUGAAGUUGAUAACACUGUUAAAGAUUUUAACCAGAACCUUUAUAUUUGUCAUGAGGACUUGCCUUGUAAUUCAAAAAUAGAAGAAAAUGGUAUUUGCGGUGAUAGUAAUUCUUCCUAUCCUGAGUCUAUUGCAAGCAACUGGAUACAAAUCUAUCCACCUACUUUGACUACAAAAUUAGUUUACUGUCUCAAAUAUUUAGUACCAACUGGAGUAUAUCAAGAAAAAUUACUUCUAAUUCCAAAACCUAGUAUUCCAUCUACCGGUGUUUCAAUUUGCUUUUAUUACUUGGCAUAUUGCGAAGAAGCAAUGGAAAAGAUUUGUCUUUUACCUGAACAUGUCCUUAUUGAUCUUGUAAAGUAUGCACUUUGUAUGUUGGAGUGUUCUAAUGAUUCAAGUAGAUGUCAUGCAACUAUGUUCUUUAGUUAUAGUUUUCAUUUUAGAGUUAUUCAAGAAAUAUUUGAUAAUCACGAUGGAUUACAUAAGCUGUUUAAUGUGGUUAGUACAUUGCCUAUUCUGUCAUCUGAAAAUCCAGCAUAUAGUUCAUUAACUGAAGAUGCUGAAUGUUCUGCCAAAAAAAUUAUUCGUCAUGUCUGUGCUGGUUUGAAGCAUUACUUUGAAGCACAUUUACAUAAAAAAGCUCAGCAAAUACGUAGAGCAAAAAUGACAGAUUCUGAUCUGGUAGUUUCAUCAACAAUGGUUCAUAAUUUUUUCACAGUACCUGGUUAUAAAUCUACAAAAAAAUCUCGUGCUGAAGUCCAAGAGGAAAUAGAGCUAUUAUCAAAUGCCGUGUCCCUGAAUUGGACACAAAUUGAUCAAUUUCUCAAACUGGGGGGCUUAAGUGUAUUAUUGAAAAUAAUCACAUCACUUAAUGUUCCAGCUGCUAAUCAAAAUGGUACCUCUACAGUGAAAGAAGAUGACCCACCAGCUGAAAAUAACAAUGUCGGAUUAAAUAUUAUUAUAAAAGCAGCAGGAGAUAUUUUAGAUGCUGAUAUUAAAAAAGCUGCUCUUUCUGUUAUUAUAACUUGUGUUUGUAGUGUACCAAUGUAUAGGGAAGGUGGAAGUUUAGCAUAUAUUUCACCACAUGGAUCAAAUAAUAGACAAACACCUAAGACACCUUAUGAUGAUACUAUGAUUGAAAAAAUUUGGGAUUGUGUUAGAAAUAAUAAUGGAAUUAUGGUUUUAGUUUCUUUAAUUACUAUUAAAACACCAAUUACUGAUGUUGACGCUAUACGAGGAUUAGCAAGUCGUGCAUUAGCUGGAUUGGCUCGCAGUGAAUCAGUUUGUCAAAUUAUCAGGAAAUUACCUUUAUUUAACAGUGGCCAAUUAGAAAGUUUAAUGGAAAAUCCUGUAUUGCCAGAAAAUCUUCAAGAACAUGUAACAUUUCAAAAAUAUGCUUUAAAGUUAAUGGAAUUAGUUUCAGGAGAAAAAAAAAGUAAUAAAGCUAUAUUAAAAGCAUCAUUACUAUCAUUGGCAAGUUUAAAACGAGCAAAUGUUGCACAAACUGAAAUUAAUUACAAAGAACAACAAAUUCUCCUUUUAAUGUAUGAAUAUUCAAUGGAAAAAGGUUGGUCCACAACUGCAGAAUCAUUAGUACAAGAGGCAAAUCUUAAUAUAUCCAAGAAAAAACCUACACCAUUUACAUUUAUUUCCCAUUGCGAUAAUCAGUCGAUUGGAGGGGGAAUAUUCCCUAUAAGUUCUAGACACAUGAUACAAAACAAAAAAUCUGAAUUAGCCAAUUCAUCAAACGGUCCUUUAGGUGCUAUAUUUAGUGGUGCAAGAGGAAUAAAAUCAACUCCAAAACGUUUGAAUAUCAUUAGACGAUCAGAAAACCUACCAAAACCGGAGCCAGAACAAGAACUUGAGUCACCCAUGUCUAAAUCAGUUCAUAAAAAAAUUUGUCAAGAUUUAACAUCACUUAAUGAUAAUAAUACUAACUCAAAGGUUAGUUUAAAAUCUAUUAUUACAGAACACUUCACAAGUCAACAUGCUUCAUGUUUACAUCCUAUGGUUACGUGUCCUCGAUUCAACUUUUUUGAUCCACACAAAUGUCCUGAUCCUAAACCAAAGAGCUCAGUGGUAAACUUUGCUAUGAGAUUUUCCAAAAACAUACAUUCUAGAAAACUAAACCAAAGAUUCAUACAUAGUCGUUUUUGUCCAACCAGCAAUUUCCGCAUGGAUUGCGAAAAAGAUUAUUAUACUCGUUGCGAGUUUUUAAGCCAAAAUCGUGUUGCUGUUGGGACAAAGAGUGGUGCGAUAAAAGUACUCAAUUUAUUUACUUCUCAAGAAGAACUAUCAUUGUCAGGACACGGUAUAUAUAUUACAAACUUACAAUGCAGUAAUGAUGAAAGAUUGUUGUUAUCAUCUUCUUUUGGGAUACCACCUUUAUCAUCUCUUUGGUCUAUAUCUAAAGAUAUAAUUAAACUUAAAUAUACAUUGAAUCAUGAAGAAUACUGCACUUUUAGUAAUUAUGAUCAAGAUAAAAUACUUGGAACUAGAGCUUUUAGAACAUCAAUAUACGAUUUAGAAACUAGUGAAAUAGUAUUAACAUUAGUUCCAAAACAUUCAAAUCAGUACAUGAAAAAUCGAGCAGUAUUUGAUGCCACAAAUGAAUUAGUACUUUCAGAUGGUGUAUUAUGGGAUGCCAUGGCUGGAAUAGAGAUCCAUAAGUUUGAUAAAUCAAAUUCAUGUAUAAAUGGAGUUUUCAAUCCAAAUGGUCUUGAGAUUAUAUCAAAUAAAGAAGUCUGGGAUAUGCGCACAUUCAAGUUGUUGCAUACAGUGCCAAGUCUUGAUAAAUGUGAGGUGAAAUUCUCCAAAUCAGGAGAAGGAAUGUAUUUGCGUUUAAUUGAUAUGAGACGUGAAAGUGGUUCUGUAUACAAAAAUUCAUUUACAACUUUAGACCCUAAUGACUACACAAAUAUAGAUAUAAAUAGUGACUCUGAUGAAGGUGAAGAAUCAGAUUUUGAUGAAACAUCUUCAGGGGCAUCUUUGGAUUCCAAAGAUGAGAAUGACAAGUCUUUAGAAGGUGAUUCAAUGGACGUAUCAAGAAAGUUAUUAAAUCAUUUCAACUGUGUGGAUGUUUGUCAAAAAGCAUUUAUCAAUCUGUUUGGUUUAUCUGAUAAACGUUUAAAAACUGUUAGAGAGUUAUUGAUAGUUAAAGCUCGUCAAAAAUACAUGAAACGUAUGAUGGAAAAAGAAGAAAACCAAAUAGAAGUAUCUUUAGCUAAGGGUCUGGCAGAGAGUUGUUUGCCGUUGAUAGGACUUUUUAACACUGAAGACAGAAAGAUAAUAUCUGAUCAGUUGUUGAUUGCUAUCAACAAUGAUAUAAAUUUAGUAAAUAACUUCUUUUACAAUCAACUAUGGAAACCAGAGUACUUGCAAUAACCAUUCUUAAACCACCUGAAUGAAUAUAAAUUAUUUUAAUACAUAUUUUGAUGAUUUUAAAAUGUAAUUUAUUGGAUUAGUAUCUUGUUUAAUUCAAUUUCAUGUGCUACUUAAUUAAAAAUCUAAUUUCAUAUUGUUCUAAAUUCCUGGGAUUUUGCUUAUUGUACAUUUUUAUAAUAUUGUACUAUUCACUUAAAUUUCAUUUACGACUGGUGUUGUUAAAAUAUGGAUAUUGUCUAACAUGGGCAAGUAGCCAGGAUUAAAAAAAAAAGAAUGUUUUAACACCCAAUACAAGGUUAUAUGCCUGGUUUAACUACUAUUUGUUUUUAAUUACUUAUUUUGGCCUGAUAGUAUAUUUUUAAUGUUAUAAAUUUAUAUGUAACUACAAUGUAUAUUUUAUUUA